UGCACAGUCACAUAUUUACACGAAACACUAAAUAACAUUUUUUCUGCUCAAAUUAAACUGUUUUCCUUCCCCUAUUAAAGGGGUAACACAAGCAAAUUGUUAGGCUCCUAAUGUGUGCGCAAAACAAAACAGGUGCUUCCUUAUGUGCAUAAAAGAAGUUGGAUAGUAAUUACACUUCUAAACCGAAACCUAUACUUUUUUUGGGCGUCGUGGUACCGCAGAUUUAUACGAAUACAACGCCAGCUGUUAAGAUGCCGCGAGCACGCGGCUAUCCUGUUGGAAAAAUUAACAAGCGCAAACCAAGAGUUCAGCAGAGGUCCAAUAUAUACCACACCAGGGCUGCAGCAGUUAGGCGUAGACAAAAUAAAAGGGCUACAGGCGCCUUAAUAGGCCGCGCCUUCAAUGGGCGAGGAAAUAUUCGCAGACGCCCCAAUUGUGUCAAUUGUGGUCAACCAGUGAUUUCAUCUACAAGCCUGUCGCUCAGGCUUUGUUCCUCCCAUGCACUUCCAGCCAUAGAAGAUAUUUACCGUAUUAGAAAAGAAAACCAGUCAAAGAGGUUACCAAUUCCAGAUAACUAUAAAAGUUUCUUAAUAAAGCGAAGAAUUGGAAACACGGUGAAUAAUAGAUAUAAUAUCGAGUCCACCUUAGGCGUUGGAACUUUCGGGCACGUGGUCAAGGUCUGGGACACAAAGGAUAAUCAAUAUAAAGCUCUAAAGAUUUUAAAAGAUAAGGAAGAUGGCCUGGCAGCCGUAAUGGAGAUUAAAGUGUUGUCCAAAUUGGUGGAAAAGGAUCCAUAUCACAAUCAUUUUUGCAUCAAGAUGCAUGAUUCCUUUAAGAUAAAAGGACAUGUUGGCAUAGUUCUUGAUAUGCUUGGAGUCAGCAUUUUUCAGUUCUUGUGCGAAAACAAAUUCCACCCUUUUCCCAUAGACCAAAUUCGUCACAUAGCCUAUCAAUUAUGCUUCGCUGUUAAGUUUUUGCACAACAACCGUCUGACGCACACAGAUCUCAAGCCAGAAAAUAUAUUAUUCGUGAAUUCGGACUAUUUAUCCUACUAUGAACCGGCGGUGAAUCGUGAUGUGCACUUUGUCAAGAAAACGGACGUACGUCUGAUUGACUUUGGCUCGGCGACCUUUAAUUACGAGUAUCACAGCCCUAUAGUCUCGACACGUCACUACCGCGCUCCUGAGGUUAUUUUAAAGAACGGCUGGUCCCAUCCGUGUGAUAUCUGGUCCAUUGGUUGCAUACUGUUCGAACUCUAUACGGGCAAACCUCUUUUUCAGGCCCGCGAGAAUAAACAACAUCUGGCCAUGAUGGAACGCGUACUUGGCGAAAUUCCUAAGCUCAUGAAACGAAGAAGCAAAACUACCUACUUUAGAAAUGGUCAACUCGACUGGGAUGAGUGUUCUUACGCUGCACAACAAGUGUAUGAAUACUAUAAACCCCUGUCCAACUACAAGAAAAUGAGAACAGAUGAUCACAAUGAACUCUUCGACUUGAUCAAACAGAUGUUAGAGUACCGACCGAGAACACGUAUUAAGAUAGAUGCAGUACUUCAGCACCCAUUCUUUGACCGUCUGCCAGCACAUCAGCGUGCCCCUGAAUUGGAGGAUACACUAAAAUAUUAAAAUGAUUCGGCUUUUUGUAGAAAUGCAAGAAACACUUUAAUCCACACAACACAUACAUAGUUAAACGAAAAACAAAAUGGUUUCAAAUGGACCGGAAUAAAAAUUUGGAACAACCGUGAAUUGAGAGGACCAACUACCUCUCCUGCUGAUACACUAAUUAAAAAAGUAGGAAACUACAGUUCCUUAGACUUAGACAGACAAUAUAACGAAGAUAAUAAAGUUAGAAUAAAAAAAGA